CAUGGAACAGAACUUAAUCUCUCCAUCGCUCUCCCUGACCUCCUUUUGAUCCCAACCCAUCGUGUUUUUCUUCUCUUUCUCUUUCUCUUCCUUCCUUUCUCCUCCCCUAUCAACCCGCCCUCUGUCACUGGGCGCCUAACCUUUCAAUCUGCCCCUCGCUGGAUUGCGCCCGGCUUCAGUUACGUCAGCUCCGCGGCCAUGGCAUACAACCAGUCCUACAACCCCGAUGCGCUGCCAGCUCAUGCAGAGCCGGAACAGGUAGCGCAAAUGCUCGGCGCCAUGCAAUCCACCAACUCGCACCACCAGAAGCAGUCUCGCCCAUCUCCUCACCCUCCCUCCAGCGGGGUCCCACCUCGAGUACCCGUUUCUAGUGCCGGCAGUCCCCAUCCUCAACGUUACGGCGCACCGAGUCAGGCUCCGCACGGUGGACGGUCGCCGGCAAACGUCCCUCCAGCGAGUCAACAACAACGCCCUCACCCACUCCAUCCCUCUCCUCCCCCGCAAAACUACGGCUUUGGGCCGCCUCCUAGCCAGCCAGUGCGCAAUCGUCCGCCGCCCGCGUCGCGUCCACCCAAUUCGCCCAACCAUGGCGCACUGGCAGUUCCCGACGACGACCCGCAACAGCUAUUCCCCCUGUUCCGCGCUGCGAACACGUCGCAUUCGGGCACACUCACGGAGAUGGAGCUGGGCUCUGCUCUAGUGAACGGAGACUUCACGUCGUUCCACCCGAAGACCGUUAAGAUGAUGAUCCGCAUGUUUGACCGGAACAACAGCGGAACAAUCUCAUUUGACGAGUUUGUGGCACUGUGGCGCUACCUUGCAGCGUGGCGGGAGCUGUUCGAUCGGUUCGAUCAAGACCGCAGCGGGCGCAUUAGCCUGUACGAGUUUGAGAAUGCACUGGUGGCCUUCGGGUACCGGCUAAGCCAGCCAUUUGUGAUGGUGCUGUUCCGGACAUUCGAGAACAAAGGCCGGCAGAUGAAUAAUGGUCCUCCGUACGGGCCAGCGAAACAGGGCAUGAGCUUCGAUUUGUUUGUGCAGGCGUGCAUUAGUCUGCGGCGCAUGACGGACGUCUUUAAGCGGUAUGAUGAUGAUCGCGACGGCUAUAUUACGGUGAGCUUCGAGGAAUUCUUGACUGAAAUCCUCCAACUUCAGGACGGAUAGGUUUGAUUCGGAUGAUAUGGUGGAUAGGAAGAUGGCUGACCUUCUUCCGGGGGUUUCCUCCCUAAUUAUAUUGUACAUUAUACCCUAAUUUUCCGUAGCAUCUUUCUUCGCAAGCAACCCGGGGAAUCUACAGCGAACAAGUAUGGCAUGGGCUAUUUUUUCUUUUCUUAUGUUUCCGGUCUCGAGCGAAGCCAGACUGCCCCCUAUCGGGCGCAAUUGCAA